UAACUAAAUAUCUGAUGCUGGGGUUCGAUAUUUAGAUCUGUGUUGGUUCUGUAAAUAUAGUAUGUUUGUAUUAACUGGCUAAAUAUCUGCUUCUGACCACUGAAGUCAUUUUGCGCGCUAGACUAAUAUGUCUUGGACUAACGAUCAUAGUAAAGCAGAAAUGUAUUUUAAAGCACGAUUAGCAUAGCUUUCUUAAGAGUGCUAUUCCUGAGUAUUGUUAUACAGAUCAGUGAUAAAACUUACAAUAGACGGAACUUGUACGAGUGGACUAUCAGAUUAGGGUUUACAAUUCAAAGAAAAUGGAAAUCAGUUGUCAUGAAUAUGUUUUAGUAAUGAUGCGACUAGGAAGUUGACGCUCCAAUAUUUGGGCAGAAAUGCUGUUGAAAAUCGACAUUUAAUUACAUUUUAAUCGUCUUCGGAGUCCACAUAUUUUUCUUAAAUUAAAACCAGUGAUUUGAACCUAAACCGUGACGAACGUCAAGGAGUAAAUCAGGGACGGAGAAACGCUUUUCGGAAGAAACGCUUGUUUUAAAAAUCAUCAUCUUCAAGUUGUUCUUGUGUUAUUAAAAGUGUAUACCUAUAUCAAACUGGCGGUCGGGGACGGACGGACGGACAUGCAGGCAUGUGCCGGAUGUGACCGGCCGAUUCUGGACCGCUACCUCCUUAACGUGCUGGACCGCGCGUGGCACGUGCGCUGCACGCAAUGCUCGGACUGCGCAUGCGCGCUGACGGACAAGUGCUUUUCAAGGGACGGAAAACUUUACUGCAGAAAUGACUUUUUCACGCGGUUUGGUACGAAGUGUGCUGGGUGCGGACAAGGAAUUUCCCCAAGCGACCUCGUGCGACGCGCUUGUAACAAAGUGUUCCACCUGAAAUGUUUCACGUGCAUGGUUUGCCGAAAAGAACUCUCCACCGGGGAGGAGCUAUAUAUCAUGGACGACAACAGAUUUAUCUGCAAAGACGAUUACCUCUCCAGCAAAUUGAACGGUUCUGAUGCUGACGACGAUGGCGAUUUCGAGAGUGUUUUAGACCAAACCGUUAAUGAAUCGGAUUACCUCGGCGUUCAAGAUGGUGACACUUCCGGUGACCGUGACCUAUAUUUACGUCAAAACGAGUGUAACUCAAUGCCAAAUGAUCAACUUGAUGAAUUAAAUAGUAUUCAGCACCAAGAAAACACAAAUCAUCUAUCAAACAGUCCAGUUGGUUUAAAUUUAUCGCUUUCCAAAAUGUCAGCAGAUUCUAAGUCAGAUUCCAAUAUUUCGGAUACUCACAUAAAUUCGGAUACUAUGGGUAAUAUUAAAAUCGAGAGCAAAGACUCGCUAUCGGACUCGUGUUUGAGUCCCGUAAGAUCGGACUCGGCAUUGCCACUCGACGACAACCCGAGGAGCAACUGUUCAAGCCUGGAGAACAAUGAUUCCAACAAUAACAAAGAUAAUGUCACCAAUGAAAAGGGAGGUAAUAAACGACGAGGACCGCGGACCACCAUUAAGGCGAAACAACUGGAAGUAUUAAAGGCGUCGUUCAACGCGACGCCGAAACCGACACGUCACAUCCGGGAGCAGCUUGCCGCGGAGACCGGCCUCAACAUGCGGGUCAUACAGGUUUGGUUCCAAAAUCGGCGGUCCAAAGAGCGGCGCAUGAAACAGCUAAGCGCGCUAGGAGCCAGACGACAUUUCUUCAGAAACCCCCGGCGCAUGCGCGGACUGAGGGGAGAAAUGGACGAGUAUGGCUACUAUAACGAUGGCACUCCUGAGUUUUAUCCGGGGUUUCCAGGGCCAGGAUACGGCGAUUUCUUCCCUGGCCAGGGACCGGAAAUGCCCCCUGGGAUGCCCCUUCUUCCACCAGGGGGUAGGGUCACCCCUCCCAUGUCAAUGGACCACGGCAUGCACCCUAAUGGCCACAUGGGUCCCGAAGGUCAGUACCUUCCCCCUCCAGAGAUGAUGCCCCCUUGUUCCUCACCCGAUACGCUCAUGAGCCCAGAAGACCAGUACAUGAUGACUUCACUUCCGCCCAGGUCAAUGCAACAGUUCCAGCAACAUCCGGGCGAAGCGUGGUGACGUCAGAUGUCCCAAUGGUGACCCCAUUGUAAAACUUUCGGACGUUCAACAUAAUUUGACAGAAAUGGAGUUUUUCAUAAAUGUUAAGAUGACAUUUUGUGUUCAAUUAGGACUUAUAUCAUAUCUGAUGACUUUCUUUAAAAAAGUGCUAGAAUAAAAAAUUGUUAGUUGUCGUAAAUACGUCUGUAAAAAGUUCAUAAACAAAUUCAUGAUUAGCAGUUAAUCGUUUGUUUAAAAUUGAUACAUAAUAUCAAUAAGACAAUAAUUUAUCAUUUUUUUUCUGUAUAUGUUCUAUCUUUACAAAGAACAAUUGUAGCUUUUCAUAGAAACCAAGGUAUUCAUUAUUAUUUAUAAAUCUAUUUUCAUUUUUUUCUAGUCCGGAGAAAAUCAACAUUUUUAGUAAUACAGUCAUGCUUUGUACGGUGUCUAAGUUAAACGUCCCCGAUUUUAUCAUUUAAUAAAGUUAAUGUGUUAUAUAUAUUUUAUUAUUAUUUAUUUAUUUUGUAUAUAAUUCUUGUGUACAUAGAAAUACUCAUUCAUGCGCUAUUAUUUUAAACUUUCUUACAAACGGGAAAAGCAAUAUCACGUGAUCAAGAAAUCCGCAUUGAAACCAAUUAUAAAAUGGUGUAUUUAUUUUUCUUGACAACAGCAGUCUAUGUGUUGCUGUAGCCUUGGUGUCGCUGUCGACGUGGGUGUCGUUGUAUGAAGAAUUUCACCUUCGCCAUAACUCAAAUAACGUUUAAGAAAUUGAUCUGAAACUUGGUAUAAACACAUGUACCAGAUAUAUAACGCACAUGUAUGGCAAGGGACCAUAACUUUGAUUUUAAAAAUUGUCGAGUUAUUGCCCUUUUUGAAUGAAAACAGCUACAGCAACAGACGAGCGUUGGCACACCCCGCGUACUCUUGUUAAUCAUACUCCUAAAAUCAAUACAAUUAAAAAAAAACACCAUCAAGUAUUUUUCUGUGAGCUAAACACUAUUUUAACACAUCGGAUUUCUUUGAUCAUAUUUCACAUUUUUUACAAGUUGAACAAAUAGAGAAUAAUCAAAAGAACUGAAACAUAUUUUUCACAACUGUGAAUUUUCUAGUUUCACUCUUCUCAAAUUUGUGAAAAGUAUGAUUUGUGAAAUUGCGGCCAAUAAGUCUUUUCAUGAUCAUUGUCCAUUUUUGUUGCAUGUAUGCGAACAGACUUAUGGAAUAUUCGUUUCGUUAUAUGUCACCAGUAUUUAUUUUUUCAUUCCAAGAUUAUAACAAUAUCAGGGAUUCAGAGUGUAUGGAUUUAUGUGCUAUGUGAAAUACAUGAUUAUCUGUUUAAGGCUGCACUCUCACAGAUUGAACGUUUUUACAACAUUUUAUAUUUGUCUUGGAAAGAUAUUAUUUGGGGGAAAAUAUCUGCAAACCAAUAAUCUUAGAUUGCUGACAAAAAAUCAGAUUACAGAUUUUCAUAUUUCCCUUAAAAAAUUAAUGUUUUAUGGCUUAAACCGUAACUAACAGGUUUAACAAAAUGCAUAAAACAUCAUUUCAAAUUUCAAUAAAAAAAAUCUGCGAUCUAAUUUUUUGUCAGAAGUCUUUUAUAACUGGUUUCCAUGGAAUAUCGCAAAAAUUGGCACGUUCCAAGACAUAUAUAUAUAUAUAUAGUUGUCAAAACGUUCAAUCUGUGAGAGUGCAGCUUUAAGGUAAACCAUUCAUCAAUAGAAUGCAAAGUUGUGGUAAUGCAUUUGAGAUAAUAACAUCGAGAUUAUUUAUUUCAUUUUAAGUAUUUCAUUUUAAAUAACACCAAAAUGACGCUUCGAUUAGAAUAUGAUAUUUAAAGGGAGUUAAUAAACAAAAGUUCGCAUUGAUGUUGUAGCAAUUUUAUUAGUUUGUUUCUUAAAUUAUCAAAAAGCUCUCAAUGAAAACUUUAAAAUAUUCAAAUUUGACAUUUUGUAACACUAAACGAAACUUUACCAUCAGCAUGCUUUGUACUAAUGAUGGGUGGAUUACCGUAGUUUAUAUAUAUACGGCUUUCAUCCGACAUAUUACCCGGGUAAUUAAUGAGGUUGCGAAACAGUUCUUGAACGCGUGAUGUGUACGUGUUGACUUCUUAAUGUGUACUUCGUCAUCAAAGUAUGUGUACAUUGUACGAAUACGCAUACGUGUGGACUUCUUUUUGUCUAUUACGUCAUCCGAGUACAUGUAUGUGUACACUGUACGGGUUCGGAUACGUGUGGACAUUUUUGUGCACUACGUCAUCAAGGUAUGUGCACAGUAUACAAGUUUAACAUUACACGAUGCGGUAAAGUACGUCUUCAAGUUCAAGUUUGAAGAGAAUUUUCACAAACUGCUUUUAAACUCAAUCGGUCAACGUUUGCCUGUACGUGUUUAUAUAUGUUCAAGUUGACGUUCAGGUCGUGUAUUGCAGCCUCUCUUUGUUUUGUUUCAUACGGUUUAUGAAUUCCAAUUACUAUUCUAAUAAAAGGGGUGUAUGACGAUGACGUCACUUCCUUUCUAUGAGUUUUUUUUAUCUACUUAUGAAAGCGUGACGACGAUGUGCUUCGAUACAGACGCUGAAAAACAUAUUUACCGUCUUUGUUUGAUUUUCUUAUAUAUUCAUGACUAUUCUAGUCGCUGAUUGAGAGGAUAAAACCACUUCGAAUCUUAGUUGGUAUGACGUCAUUAUUGUUGACGUCAAACAUCAGCUAAAUGACGUCGCAAUUUUACAUUUUUUUCAAUUUUCUGUUUCACAAGUUAUAUGUUAGCAACGUUCAUGAACUAUUUGGAAUAGUCACUGGAAUUCGAAAAUCGCCUUUGCCCGGAUUUGUGUCACAUUUUCUUUGAAAUGGUUAAACCUGUGUGUUCUGUACAGUUGUAAAUUAUUCUAUGUUUGUUGAUUGCUUUUCAUUUUGUUACCAAUAUUGAAUGACAUUAAAUGUGCGUGAUUGUUUGUAAAAGUAAUAUGAAUCUAAAUCAUGGUGAAUAAACUGUUAAAAUAUGA